AUGUGGAAAUUAACAGUCAUCGUUGUUAUGACCUGUUUAACGGGGCUCUUGCUAGCUCUACCAUCGUUGCAUUCUCGUGAAGAUGACGGCAAAAAUUGGGCAGUCCUCGUAGCUGGCUCCAAUGGUUGGGACAAUUACAGACAUCAAGCCGAUAUAUGCCAUGCUUAUCAGAUCCUUCAUAAAAAUGGAUUCCCUGAUGAGCGUAUUGUGGUCAUGAUGUACGAUGACAUUGCCGAAAACGAAAACAACCCAACCCCUGGAAAGAUUAUCAAUAGGCCUUAUGGUCCUAACGUAUACGCCAACGUUCUAAAAGAUUACACCAAAAAUCAUGUCAAUCCAACAAAUUUCAUCAACGUUUUACUGGGUAAUGCAGACAAAGUCACCGGUGGCAGUGGAAAAGUACUGAAGAGUGGGCCAAAUGAUCGUGUUUUCAUCAAUUUUGUCGAUCAUGGUGCGCAAGGUCUUGUGGCCUUUCCUGAGGACAUUUUAACCGCUAAGAUGCUUAACCAGACCAUCAACCAAAUGUACAUGAAGAAAAUGUUCAAACAGUUGGUUAUUUACGUUGAAGCUUGUGAGGCAGGAUCAAUGUUUCAUAAUGUCUUAGCCGAUAACAAAAAUGUUUAUGUUACUACUGCUUCCGAUCCGACUCAUUCCUCGUACGCCUGCUAUUAUGAUAGGAAAAGGGGCACAUAUCUUGGUGAUGUAUACAGCAUAAAUUGGAUGCAAAAUUCCGAUCAGGCUGACAUGCAAACAGAAACCUUAAUUCAACAGUUUGAUACCGUUCGAAGAAAGACCAAUACUAGUAAAGUCUGCAAAUAUGGUGAUAUGUCAUUCGACGAGGAAGAUCUAGAUAAUUUUCAAGGCGAUCCAAAAUCCAAUACUCCAUCAAAACUAUUCGAUCCUUAUCCGUUACCUCCGAUGGACACUGUCGCAGCUCCAGAUGUACCAGUAGUUAUUUUAAGUAACCGUAUUACUGAUGCCACAUCAAAGACUGAGCGACAACACUAUAUAGGACAGUUAGAGAAGCUAAUUGAGCAUCGCGAAAAAAUUGAUAAGACGAUACGAUCCAUUCUCAUAGAAGCUGUUGAAAACAAUUUUGAACUUGCUCAUCAUAUUAUGCAUCACCAAAAGCAUGAUAUUAAGAAUUUUGAUUGUUUACAUGUUAUGACUAAAUCGUUCUCAGAGAAAUGUUAUAACCUUGGCAAGAAUGACUAUGCCAUGCGUAUGGUUUAUGUUCUGGUUAACCUGUGUGAAACGGAGCGAAUGACCGAAUCAAUGAUUCUGUCAGCAAUUAACAAGAUUUGCCACUAACUUUCUUCAUUUAUUUGUGCUUAAUGAUCCUAUCCAAGUCUGUCACAUUUUAUGUUUAGAUCUUUACUUCAUCCAUACUAGUAGCAACUAACAGAACUUCCCUGUCUCUUAAAAUACUCUAUGAUAAAUUUCUAUGGAUACGAC